AUGCUUUCACCGAUAUUAUCAACUCUAGAUGCUCGAGUACUCGGACUACUCUCAGCAUCCCUUCUCGUCCUACUAUACGCAUACAGCGAACACCGCAGCGGACUCAGGAAAAUCCCAGGACCAUGGCUAGCACGCAUCUCGAUACUCUUCCGAUUCCGUCUCGUUUGGAAGGGCGACGCACCUCUCCAGUACCGCCGUGUACACCAGCAAUACGGUCCCAUCGUGCGUGUCGGUCCCAAACACGUCUCUAUCGCAGAUCCCGCCAUGAUUCCCCUAAUCUACGGCCUUGGAAAGAACUUCACGAAGACUCCGUUUUACACGACAAUGUCCUUGAACUACCAGGGCCGCCGCAUGGACAGCAUGUUCACAGAGCGCGACUCGCAAGCGCACAAAGCGCUCAAAAGCCCCGUCGCGCAGCUGUUCUCGAUGACCAACAUGCGGAACUUCGAGGUGUACGCCGACGAGUGCACGGGGAUUUUCAUGGACGCCAUGAGAGAUCUCGAGGGGCAAGCGGUCGACUUCGCAGAGUGGCUGCAGUGGUAUGCGUUUGAUGUCAUCGGGAGCAUUACGUUCCAGCGCCGGUUUGGUUUCAUGGAGAAGAGGGAGGAUGUUGAUGGUAUGAUUGGGAAGAUCAACGAUGGCUUGGAGUACGUUAAGUUGCUUGGGCAAGUUGAGAGCUUGGUUAGGGGGUUUGAGUUUGCUUCGAGGUGGAAGUGGCUGAGACGUCGUCUUGUGCCGGAUACGAUGGAGAGAUUUCUCCAGAUCACAGAGCAUGAAGUGCGGAAGUACGACGACAGUGAGCGACGGACGGCCAGAACAGACUUUUUGUCGCAAUUGCGCGCAAAGAAGGAGCAAUCGGGCAAAAUCUCACCUCGUGACAUGGUCAAUCAUCUAUCGAACAACCUUCUGGCGGGCAGCGACACAACUGCCAUAGCCCUACGUGCCAUAAUCUAUUUCAUCAUCAGGGACGCGCGAAUCCACAGCAAAGUCGUCGAAGAGAUUCAGGAAGCCGAUCGAUUGGGGAAACUCUCGAAAGCCAUCACCUUCGAAGAAUGUCUCAAUCUAACGUAUCUACAAGCUGUGAUAAAGGAGGCAAUGCGCGUGCAUCCAUCCGUUGGAUUCCCGCUCGAGAGAUACGUACCCACUGGGGGUGCAGAACUCUGCGGCUACCAUUUGCCCGCUGGCACCAACGUCAGCAUCUCCGCGCCAGUAGUCCACAUGGAUCGCAACAUAUACGGGUCCGACGCAGAUGAUUUCAGGCCUGAAAGGUGGCUUGAAGCUUCGCCCGAGCAGCUCAAGCUCAUGGAUCGCAGUUUUCUAGCAUUUGGACACGGAUCACGCACGUGCAUCGGGAAGAAUAUAUCGAUCAUGGAGAUGGGGAAAUUCGUUCCACAGAUCUUUCGUCACUUUGAGAUCGAGUUGGCUGAAGAAGAUUCGGAGUGGCAUGUUCACGCCGCUUGGUUUUGGAAGCAAUCUGAUCUGCGAGUGAGACUUCGAGCUAGAUCUAAUAUGUAG